UCUUGAUUUUGUUUUUUCUCCUCCGCCUCCUUCCUCCUCGAUGUCUUUCUGCUUCCCCGUUCGCUUGGCGUCCUUUCUCGCGGGGCUCUCUUUAUGUUCGCUUUUUCUAUCCGCGGCCUUUCGCGAGGGGCUCCCCUUUGGCGCGUACUGCGGCAGUGCGUCGUUGGUUUGCAGCAGCGGGAUCCGCUUUUCUGACCCCUCUCCCUCCUUUGUCUCUUUCGGAAGGGUGGUGAGGGGGGAAUCUAAAAGAAGAGACGAGGGGGGAUGAGUGGUAGGGAGGGCAUGGCCAGGUUGCCUGGGAAAGGGGGUUCUCAGCCCGGCUGGUGGGCAGGCGGGCAGAGACGAGGGAGGAAAAGUGCUGCUGCUGCCUGCUCGCGCGGGGGGAGGUUGCGGUGCUGCUUUGCUGGACGACGGCGUUUUCAAGCUGGAGUCUGCCGACGAAGCGACUGACUCGCCGCUCGCCGAGCGGCGCGUUCUCAAGCGCAGUGACAAGGGCGGCUACAUGUACUACCACAUCGAGAACUCGGCGCUCAGGUGCAUGGAGAGCUUGGAGCCGAAGACGCCCAGCUGGACGGAGAACGACCUGCUGGUGCUGAUCACCGAGUACUGGAAGCGGAAGGACAUUCUGCGCGCCAAGGCCUCCGAGAGCGUGACUAACCUGCAGAAGCGCGAAUGCUGGAUCGAGAUCACCGACGUGGUCAACGCGCGCUGCUUCACGCCGCAUACCAAGAAGACCAUGGACCAGCUGAAGCGCAAGUGGGAGAAGACCAUUAUGCUAGCCAAGAAGGCUGCGCUCAACAUCCAGAAGCGAUCCGGUAAUCUGUCAGACUUGGCACCGGCCUACCAGCUGGCCUUGUCCAUCGUCUGCGAGGAUUUUCCGGCGUCCCUGGAAUGCGCGAACGGCCUCGCCGCAGCAGAUGUGCCCUCUCUCGCUGAGCCACCGAAUGCCGGCGGAUACAUCGAUGAGGUGUCCAGCAUGGUGAUCACAGAGCUUGAGGAAGAGUCGUCGGGCGACGGGCCACCGAUUGCCAAGUGCGACAGGACGCAGCCGGUCAAGGCGGAGAUGCUGAGCGAGGCUGCCGAGUGCGCCCCACACUCCUUGGGCAGCCGUGCGUUUCAGCCCGUCCUGUCCGGCAGCAGCACCCAGGACGGCACCAGCAUCCACCAACCACACCAAGACGUGACCGCCGACUUCGUCAGCAACUUCCGGAAACGCAAGUGGGAGCAAGACCUGGUCGAACUGCAGAAGGAGAAAGUGCGCCGCCAAAUCCAGUACCACAAGGUCCAGCACGAGCUCCAGAUGAGCGUGCUCCGGUCGCAGAUGGAAUUCUGGGAGAUGAAGAAGUCCAAGCUGGCUGCCGAGAUACGCCAGGGUGGCAUUCCCACGUUGCCGCCAACGUUGCCGACGACGGAUGCCUCGUAGUCUGUGCUGCCGUCACUUGUGUUAUGGUGCGAAAGGACGCCCCCGCAGUCGUCUUACGCGGCGUUGUGGACUCCUCCGUCAGACUCCGAUACACCAGUGCUUGUAGAAUGGCCAUUUGACCAAACAUCCGACGCACACAAAUCGCAUUCACCUGCUCGAAGCGCGUGCGCAAACAUUCGUUGAUAUAUUAUGUGCACGCGAAAAAAAGCUGUCUCGCCCAGCGAUGCCACGCUUGAUCUCGUCUCAUCACUGUAUUUUGCGGCGUUUUAAGUCGAAGCAAGAUAUCGAUCGAACUUGUAUCCGAAAUCGUAUGAGAGAAUGUUCACCCCGCCAAGAGUGGAAAUUCUAGAAAUGAAGAACAGCGCCGAAUUAUGAAAUAAUACGCUAAAAGAGCGGUUUUAAUUUUUCUUCUGUUUUUUUGUAUUUUUUUUCGGCCGUGUUGUUGACAGAGGGAGCAAGCUGGAGCUGCAUUCUCGGGCGAUCACUUCCGGAGAUACUUUCGCUUUCGUGAGAUUUCGCAAGAACAGCGCCGAACGCAUCGGCUCGUACAAGUGGCAGUGCUUUCGGGGAUCGCCCGACAAUACCGGCCCUAUCAUGCUCACCCUAUAACAUCGACAAUACGCAUGGAGUCAGCGUUCCUUUUAUGUUCGAGUCGAAACUACGAGAUUAUGCCAAAAUCACGGUGUGUUCCUAGCUAAAGUAUCGUAUGAAAUAUUGUAUGUGGUUUUUAAGUGGCUCAAGGACCAGAUGUUGUCGAAGAUCUCCAUGGGUAUAGCGUACAAAUCAGACUAAAUGGAGCCGUAAGUUCCUUACGACACAACUUACUUCUGUCACAAUGAAUGCCUUGAAAUCGAGUAAAAAAUAUUUCAGUGGUAUUUAGGCGUGUAUGGUCACUAAGUGUAAACCUGCACUCAUCAAGAAACGCCUGCCCGCACACUGGCCAAACACUUUCGCGAUGAUGGAUAAUGUAUUGUGAAGAAAUGAACCUGUUUUCGCCGGAUAAAUUCCAGUAGUUAUGCUGUGUAAGUGAUUAAAGAGUAUGAAGUUGGGCGUGUUGGUAAUACAUAACUAACAACGCAGCGCGUAAAAAAACCGAGACACAGGACAAGGUAAGAGAUAAAGAGGAGGAAGAUAAAGAGAAGGUGAAGGAGGAUAAAGAGGUGGAGGAAGGUCCCUUCCCUUGUCCUGUGUCUUGUCCUGUGUCUGAGUGCAACGAUUUAAAAAAAUCAUGGAGCGAUCGAGAACCCUGAUCCAAAGAAUGAAUGUUUUUCCUC